CACAACGUCAAUCAAACAGGUUACCCCAACCCGGGCUGUUCUCAUUUGCUAGCAGAACAUGACGACACCUGCUCUAUUCUCCGUAUCUCUUCACCAUAACUUUAUUUUAAACCUUUUUUAAAAGGCGGUUUACGUUUUGUUUUGUUUUUAUAGAAUAGUCACAGAGAGUGGAAACGUAAACGGUUCUCUGAAACACAGUGCGUUGGCUCAAUGAAACCAAAACCAGACCAAUGGGGCGAACGUCCGAAGAAAACCGUUGAGCCGUCCCCAGGUGAGAUGCAUAGCGACGAGGAGAAAGCGGCACCUGGAAACUAUUCCGCUGGGAAAACAACAACCCCUGGAGAGGCUGAGCGGCCGGUCCAGCUCAACGGGCAGACGUUGGCCCGCGACGUCCGCGACCCCGCCUCCCAGCCGGAGUUCGAGUCCCGGCCCCCCUCCCCGGCGUUCAGCCCCUCCCCCCACCCUCCCCGGGAGCAGUGGGGGGGCAAGUACGAGUUCCUGCUCUCCUGCAUCGGGUACUGCGUCGGGCUGGGCAACGUGUGGAGGUUCCCCUACCUGUGCUACCGCAACGGAGGAGGAGUCUUCCUUGUGCCGUACUUCAUCAUGCUGUUCUUCACCGGAGUGCCCCUCUUCCUCAUGGAGCUGAGUUUGGGGCAGUACGGGGCCGCAGGACCCAUCACCGUCUGGAAGUGCUGCCCUCUGCUCAAAGGCAUAGGGAUCGGGAUGGUGUGUGUCUCUACCCUAAUCUGUCUCUACUACAACGUCAUCAUCGCCUGGACCUUCUACUACCUGGGGAGUUCCUUCCAGAGCCCCCUGCCCUGGUCCUGCGAAGCCAUCUCCAACUCUGCACUCUGUGGGAACGGCACAGUAAAUGGGUCGAGUACUCUGAGCCCUACGGAGAUGUUCUGGAACGAGCGGGUCCUGGGUGUGGUGAACAGCGAGGGGCUCCAUGACCCGGGCCCCGUGCGUUGGCCCCUGGCCCUCUGCUUGCUGGCGGCCUGGGUCAUCAUCUUCGUCUGCAUGCUGAAGGGCAUCCGCAGCUCCGGCAAGGUGGUGUACGUCACAGCCACCUUCCCCUAUUUCGUGCUGCUGGUGCUGAUCAUCCGAGGGGCCACACUGGAGGGGUCCCUGCAAGGCGUGGCCUUCUACCUCACCCCCGACUGGAAACGCCUGGCCAGCGCACAGGUGUGGAACGACGCAGCGUCCCAGGUGUUCUACUCUCUGGGGAUCGGAGUGGGGGGGCUGCUGUCCAUGGCGUCCUACAACAAGUUCGACAACAACGUCAUCAGGGACACGCUGGUCAUCACCAUGGGCAACUGCUGCACCAGCUUCUUCGCCGGAUUCGCCAUCUUCUCCAUCCUCGGUCACAUGGCCUGGCGGAAGAACGUGCCCGUCGGGGAGGUGGCUGACUCAGGUCCGGGGUUGGCGUUUGUGGCUUACCCAGAAGCCCUUGCUCUCCUGCCAGGCUCGGUGUUCUGGUCCAUUCUCUUCUUCCUCAUGCUGUUCAUGUUGGGCGUGGACACACUGUUUGGGAACAUGGAGGGUAUCACCACAGCUGUGCUGGAUGAGUUCCCCCAUCUCAGGAGUGAUAUGAAGAAGAAGUCCCUGUUCCUGGGAGCGCUCUGCUUCGGCUUCUACCUGAUGGGCUUGCUGCUCAUCACCGACGGAGGGAUAUACUGGUUCACUCUGAUCGACUCCUUCGCCACCAGCUUCGGCCUCAUCAUCAUCACCCUCUUCAUGUGUCUGGGGAUCUCCUUCUUCUACGGUAUAAACCAGUUCUGUCAAGACAUCAUUGAUAUGAUCUGCCGCUGUCCUCCCUGGUGUAGCAAAGUCCUUCUCUUCUUCAAGGCAUGCUGGGUAGUCUGCACCCCUGCCCUCUUAUUGUUCAUCCUGACGUACAUCUUCAUCGAGAUGUACAACACGUCCCUGCACUAUGGGACCUACGUGUUCCCGCGCUGGGGCAAGGCCCUGGGCGUGUGCAUGGGCGCCACCUGCUGCCUGCAGAUCCCCGUGUGGGCCGGCAUCGCCCUCGCCAAGCAGUCCGGCACGCUCCGAGACCGGUUCAAGAAGGCCAUUCGACCUCUGAACUCUUGGAGGGUCAACCUGAACAGCGAGAGUGGGUGUGAUCAGGUGGAGCCAGAGAGGGUGGAGGGGCCCUUCACUGUCAACCUCACGGACAUGGACUUCAACGCCAUCACGUGGGAGAGCUGCAGCAAUGCAUGAGCCUCCCAGAGCACUGCCCCCUCUGGUGGGAGGUGGGAAGUGCGGGGACAGCGGGACGGCUCGAGUCCCUACCUCACAUUACCGUCCUUUUCUUGAAGACUCUUCCGUAACGGAGUAGAGAUUACGUCUUUUAAUCGCCGUGUCGUUUACAGAGGAUUCUCACAGUGGCCAUCCGACGGUGUCAUUUCCCCUCAAGUGUUUAAGUGUCUGGCUGGUUACAGGCAGCUCACAGUGAUUGCAAAACAAAGUAAAGCAGACGCUCUUGUGGCCAAAUCCUAGUUCAGGCUCCUGCAAACGUCCAGGCGGGGAGAAGGACCCGUGAAGCCCCUCCCCUCUCUGAUCUUACCUGAGGCUUACCUGUGACUGGCGGACCAGCCAGCAAAGUGUCACGGACUCCGUUCCGCCAUUUUGUUUUCCUCGCCCCCCGUGACCGCAUCACGUCUGUCUCUCAGCCUGUGACGUGCUGUAAGACGCAGUGGAAGGCCGACUCCCACGCAAAGCUCUAAAAACACAGCACAUAAUUAUGCGGUUUGAAAUUUUGAUGGU